UAAUUUUCUGACAAUUUAAUUAAUAUAAAAAAAAAAAAAAAAUGUAUAAUUUAAUUCAACUUUGUACCAGGAGACGUUGCUCCUUGUUUUUCAAUCAACUCCGGUCAUAUGCUGAAUUAAACAAGCCCUUGGUAGCCAGUGAAUCUCAUGACAGAAAGAUAUCAAUGAAUCAACCUCGUUCGUCAAGUGCCUUGGCUCCCCGCCAAGCUGUUGUCAUGUCAUCCGAAUCAGCUGAGUCACUUUUAACACCAUCAAUAAUAUCACGUGUCAAUAAAGUUGUUUUACAACAAUCUCAAACACCAGAAAUAAUGACAGAUAAAUUGCCAUUGCCAUUUGAGGAUAUUCCUGGACCUGCUGUUCUCAGGCUCAUUGAAAAAUAUUGGAAAUACGUGCCGAUACUUGGUACGCAACUUGUUUGCAGUCUACUAUUGAACACAUUCACCGUGGGUCGUUUAACGUGGAAUAAAAAUGUCACACCAUUGAAAUAUCUUUUCAAUGAAUAUGGACCAGUUGUUAAAAUAAAUGGUCCAGCAUUUGGAAGUAUUGUCAUGAUACACAAGCCAGAACAUAUUGCUCAAGUGUUCAAACAAGAAGGACAAUUACCAACAAGAAGUGGAAUUGAUAUUUUACAACAUUAUCGUAUUAAUCAUCGACAAUAUAAAUUUCCUGGUCCAAUGUCCAUGCAAGGUGCUGAUUGGCGAGAUGCCAAAGUCAAACUUGAUAAAUUAUUUUCAAUGCAUUUACUCAAAUAUUUUGAUAAACUUGAUAAAGUAUCUGAAGAAUUAACAUCUAGAAUUAGAAUAAUUCGCAACAGACAAGAUGAAGUGCCUGAUGAUUUUAAUAAAUAUCUUUUACGUUGGUCAAUGGAAUGUUUCUCGGUCUUGAUAUUUAACAGACGAUUAGGUUUUCUUGAUUCAUCAGGUUUAAAUCCUUCAUCAGAACCAUCAAAAAUAAUUGCAGCAUUAUUUGAAGCACAUUAUUAUUUAUCUAAAUGUGAAACUGGUUUUCAAGUUUGGAGAUUUAUUAAUACACCAUUUAGUAAAAAAUUAUUUCGUGCUUGUGAUGUUAUUGAUGAAAUAAUUGGAAAAUUUAUUCGCCAAGCACAAAAUAAAUUUCAAUCACGUAGUGCAACUAAAUUUUUGGAACCAAGCUCAGAGACAAAUGAGGGAUUUCCAAUAUUAGAAAAAUUACUUGCUGAUCAACAAAUGCAUCCUGAUGAUUUAUCAACACUUUUGAUGGAUUUUAUUUUACUUGGUGUUCAAGCUGUUAGUAAUACACAAGGAUUUUUAUUAUAUUUUUUGGCUAAAAAUCAAAGAGUCCAACGAAAGUUGUAUGAUGAAAUAACUGGAGUUUUAUCAAGUACAAAUUCAUCUGUUGUUGAUGAUGAGACUUUACAACAAAUGCCUUAUCUCACUGCUUGUCUACAAGAAUCUUUAAGAUUAAGACCAUCUUUUCCAUACAUAACUCGUUUGUUGUCAAAAACAAUAACACUUCAUGGAUACACAAUUCCAAAAGAUACUUAUUUGAUAAUGGCAAAUCAAAUAUCAUCACGACGUGAAGACAACUUUGAUGAAGCUGAAAAAUUUAUUCCUGAAAGAUGGUUGAAUAGUGAAAAACUUGGAGUACAAGAACCUUGGAGUUGUUUACCUUUUGGUCAUGGUGUAAGAUCAUGUCUUGGUAAGCAAAUGGCUGAAACAGAAAUUAAACUACUCACAGCAAAGCUUGUUCAAAAUUUCAAGAUUGAAUAUGAUUAUGCUGAUAUUAAUAACAAGUUUAUGAUGGUCAAUGUCCCAAACAAGCCCCUUCGAUUCCGUUUUGUUGAUCGUGAUUGAAGAUCAUCAAUUAACAUUCCUUUCAAUUUCUCUUUUCAAGUUUAUUUAUUAAUAAUAAAAUAAAACAUAAUUAUUUAUAUUUUUCUUUUUUUUA